AUGUAAAAAAAUUUUCAAUAUUGCAUAAAAGUACUAUUAACAAACAUUAAACUAGGCAAUUAAGUAAUUUCAAGAAAUGAGUGCAGAUUUGGGUGGAACAAAUAUAUUAUAAGCACUUAUAUAAGGUAUUUAUGAUGAAAAUUAUUCUAAAAACAAAUACUAACAUAUGGAUAGGAUUAGCCUGUAAAGAUCAAUAAGUUGGUAUCUAAAAACCAAAGAUCUGAAACUAGAAUUUAUACAUUAGAUAUUGGGAAUUAUUGAAGUGAGUAUUUAGUCUAAAUAUUAGCUGAAGUUGGAAAUGGAAAUUGUUAAUUAGUAGAGGAGAUAGUGA